CGGGACAUGGGAAUGUUACAGUGAUAGUUGUGUUCAGGGUGAGCGCCCUCUCUUCUGUGACAGUUAAACAGUGCCUUGUAGCUGAACUGAAGCCCACUACUGUGUGCUUUACUGCGGUCUCUUGGCUCUCUAAAUUAGCCUGUAGAUGACUACUACAGGAUCUCCACGUCCUCUCUGAACAGCUGUAAGGUUUACCAGAAGACAUAUUGGCUGUAGGUCAGCUGGCUGCUCUUGUAAUCCUCAUUCUUCAGAGAUGGAUCAUCAUAGCCGCAGGGCUGACUCAUGUGCCGCGCUGAGUUAUAAACUACAAGAGCACUCGGAGAACAAACACAGUCUGCUGUGGGCCUUUGCUGAACACUUCUCAAGCUCCAAGCAUUAGAUCUGGAUACUUAGUGCAGGAUCUGUGCAUAAAAACUUGGAGAUGGACUACACAGGGCUGCUGGUGCUGCUUCUGGGGCUCACUGGCUCAUUUUGUGCUGUGGUGCGAUGGACAGAGUUAGAUGAAGCAAAGGCCUAUUUAAAGCAGUAUGGCUACCUGAACGACCCUGCUGAUCCACAGGACCCUCAUUAUCUGGAGGAGGUCAUUGAAGCUCUCAGAGUAUUCCAAAGGGUGAAUGAUCUGCCACCUACUGGAGAAUUAGAUAAAGCAACCCUGGAUGUGAUGAGGCAGCCCCGCUGUGGCAUGGAGGACCCGUUCAACAUGAAAUUUCACAAAUACAGAGUGAUGGGUCGUUGGAGAAAACGGGCUCUGACUUAUCGCAUCUACAACUACACACCUGACAUGAAGAAGUCACAGGUGAAGGCAGCCAUCCAGUCUGCCUUCAAGUACUGGGCUGAUGUGACCACUUUGACCUUCAGAGAAGUCAACUACGGCAGAGCAGACAUAAAGAUCUCCUUCCAUAAGAAAGAUGGCUACUGCCCUGUCCCAUUUGACGGCCGUGGUCAUGUACUGGCUCACGCUGAGUCACCAGAAUCUGGUAUUGUCCAUUUUGAUGAGGACGAGUUCUGGACAGAGGGAACUUAUUAUGGUACUAAUCUGCGUAUUGUAGCUGCCCAUGAGAUCGGCCACGCCCUCGGUUUGGGUCACUCUCAGUUCAGAAGCGCUCUGAUGGCACCGGUCUACACUGGUUACCGUGCCAACUAUAAACUGCACGCAGAUGAUGUGAAAGGCAUCCAGGUGCUAUAUGGCAAACGCGUCCCUGGCUCUUUAGAGAGUCCAACAACCCCAGAAAUCCCCACAGAAGACAGCCCCAACACUGAGAAAAUCCCUGACCCUUGCACUGCCACGCUGGAUGCCAUCAUGUUGGGCCCAUGGAGGAAGACCUUUGCUUUCAGCGGUGAUUACGUGUGGACGGUCUCAGAUAUGGGACACAACACACCGAUAAGGAUUGACAGGCUGUGGAGGAAUCUCCCUGGAAACCUGAGUGCAGCUGUGCACUCUCAAAGGACCAACAAGACAUACUUUUUUAAAGGCAGUAAAGUGUGGAGGUACAGCACCUUCCUGCUGGACUACGGCUACCCCAAACAAGUGAAACGGAUCCCUCCUAAUAUCGAUGCAGCCUUGUACUUGGAGAAGAACAAGAAGCUGGUCUUUAUCAAGGGUUCAGAGCACUGGCAGUGGGAUGAGAUAAAGUACAAUGACUUAAGUCACUACCCCAAGCCGCUCUCCAUGCUCUUCACCGGAGUGCCAUCCAGUCCUGAUGCAGCCUUGACUUGGACCAACGGCAAGAUCUUCUUCUUCAAAGGAGAUGACUACUGGCGCGUGAACGAGCUCCUGACAGCAGACAGAGGAUACCCACUUAGCAAGAAAGAGCGCUGGAUGCAAUGCUAGGGGUU